AUUCAGUUUAUACCACCUGGUGAUGUGUUAUCUUCUUUGCUUUGUGUUUGGAGCGCUCCUGAUCAAAGGACAUGCGUGUCUGUCUGCUCAGCCUGGGCAGGUCGAGGCCUUCACUGCUGGGAUCGUCGUUCUCCCCUGCAGACUGAACAUCCGUCCCAGUGACUAUGUUCAGACAGUGGAGUGGUCCAAACUGGUCGAAGGCCAGAAGCCAGUCGUCGUUUUCCUGUACCGUCACGGCUGCGAAACCUUCGAGAUGAAGGAUUCCGACUUCGAGUAUCGGACGAGCCUCGCCAUGAGGGAGGUGAAGAACGGCAACGUUUCGCUGAGGAUCUCCGGCGUGAAGCUGUCCGAUGGCGGGACGUAUCGGUGCCUCGCCAUUCAGAACAACGGCCGCAGACAGGAAACCAACGUGGAGCUGCUGGUUGCUUCCUGGGUUGAAUCCACCACCACAACCACUCUGAUAUAUGUUGCUUUAACAGUUUCAUUUGCCUUUAAUCUACUGUUGGUGUCAUAUCUGUUGGUAACAAAGAAGCCAAUGAAUUGUGAUGGAGAAAAACCAUCACAGCAAAGGACAAGUUGGACCAAACCGUGACGACUGACGUCAGUGAAUCCAAUUCCCUUCUGAACCAGCUGAGUCUGACUGAAAACAAGCAGAACUGCAUCUUGGAGGAGCUGCACCACCAGAGGCGCAAAGCGGACACCAUCCAAAUAGAGGACAUCAGUUUCUGGAGCCGUUCGAUCUGUCGACACCAACAUCCAACAAUCAGCCAGAGCUCCACCGGAUCGCCCCGGAUCCCUGGAAAACCCGAUCUCUCAUGUCUGAUCCCGAUCCUGACGCUGAGGCAGCAAACUCACCAGGAGAUCAGGAGCCAAACCAGGCCUGUUCCUGACCCGAAACAUCUGUCCAAAAACCAAAUGCAGAAAAACCUCUCAACUCCUGAAUGAUCAUCGUUCACAAAGCAAGUUAACAAAUUUUGUUGGUUUAACUCUGAAGUUGAGGUUAAUAUAUUAUGACUGAUCUUAAAUAAAUCGUGUUCCUGAAUGUUUCUAAGAAACUGAAUGACGGACAGCAUGCAGACUUGUUGCCGCUACUUGUUGCCGCGACUUGUUUUGGUGUUUUUGAUUUAAGCUUUUGAUGGAUAAACUUCAUGACGAUCAGAGUAAAACUCUGAACUGAACAAAUGUUUCUUAUUCAUUUAUUGACGCUGAAGUGAAUCAAUAAAGGAAACCUGAAACUUUUCAAAAACAUCUCAUGUGGGCGGAGCCUCAAGGUCACGUUAUAAUAUUAGAAAAGGUUAAAAGUUUAGUGAAAAACUUUUCCAAGGUUCUGUAAAUAUUCAGAAUGUUUAGACCGGAGUUAGCUUUAGACUAAGUUAGAUUAUUAAAGAUUGUGAGAAUUAAAUGUAGCAUAUUUGAAAAGACAAUCUAAAUUGUUAUUCAAUAUAAAUGGCUUUUAACCAAGAUAAUAGGCCAGUUUCCUUUCUUUUUUCUUUCAGAAGAAUAGGUCCGACUCAAGAAAGAGCAGUUAGACUAGAGUUUUGCAGCUGCGAGUGUUUUGUAUU